AUUUAAGCAUACUAUCUCUCCAGAUAGUGGACUACAGUAAUUAAUAUCCAGUUCAAUCAAAAUGUCUACACCAUCUCCGCCUCUGGCUGGUAUCCGGGUUGUCGAGCUGGCAGGCCUAGCUCCGGGACCAUUUGCUGGACUCUUACUCGCAGACUAUGGAGCUUCCGUGCUAAGAGUCGACCGACCCAGUGCAGAUAAUUCAGUACCAACUUCCGACCAGCUAACGCGACACAAGACCUCGGUCACCAUCGACCUGCGAGACACUGCAUCACAUCGAGUCCUACUCGAUAUCCUCUCCAAAGCCGAUGUUCUCAUUGACCCCUUUCGCCCGGGGGUAUUAGAGCGACUAGGGCUCUCCCCUUCUGAAGUCCUCCUUAAACACAACCCUCGGCUCAUCGUAGCCCGCAUGACCGGCUUCCGUCGCGAUGGCAAAUACAAAGACAUGGCCGGCCAUGAUAUCAACUAUAUCGCCGUAUCCGGCGUGCUAUCCAUGCUAGGACGUAGCGGUGAAGCGCCGUACGCCCCGGCCAAUAUCAUCGGCGAUUUCGCGGGCGGAGGCGCCAUGUGUUUUCUCGGCAUCCUGCUAGCGUUGAUAUCGCGUCUAGGCACGGGACGCGGGCAAGUCGUUGAGGCCAACAUGGUGGAUGGAUCGGCAUAUCUCGCAGCCAUGUUGCGGUUGAAUCUGCGUACACCUUUGUGGAAUGCCCCGCGGGGUCAAAACCCGCUGGACGGAGGUAGUCCGUACUACGACACCUACGAGACCAAGGAUCCAGGGAAAUAUUUCGCCGUGGGGGCUCUUGAGCCGCAGUUUUAUGCGGCUUUGCUGAAGGGAUUAGGGUUCAAAGCGGAGGAUCUUCCCUCGCGGAAUGACAGGACGAAUUGGCCAGUUCUCCAGGCGGCGUUUACGAAACGGUUUAGGGAAAAGACACGGGCGGAGUGGGAAGCCAUCUUUGACGGGACGGAUGCCUGUGCGACGCCCGUGCUGGAGCAGGGAGAGCUCGAACGGGGCGGAUACGAGCAACGACCCGCGGUGCAUUUGGUUGACACUUCAGGGUUGCCGAUCCAGGCGGACGACGGGGGGUGGACUGGGGGAGGACUCAUACCGGGAACGGGGGGAGAAGAGACGUUGAAUACAUGGUUGGGAUGGAAGAGGGGCAGAGAGUUUGAGGUGCGAGACGAUGGAGCGUUGCGGCGAGCGGACGAUAAGGCCAAAGCCAAGCUGUGAUGGGUGAUACAGAUGAGAUCACGACUGGAUUGCCCAGAUGACUACUAGCAGGACUAUUUUAGGCGAGUGCCACAAUGCCAUGGUUCAGUUGAAGCGAUCAUAGGGCUGAACACGAGAGACGAUGACAAUGGUACAUCAUGACUCGGGGUAUCCGAGGGUCUAACUCUGUCGGUAGCCUCUAUCCAAGGACCAAGUGAGACUUGAUCCAAACCUAGUCGGUGUCAAUAUGAUUGUCGUUAUUGUCGACGCCAGCUGAGCCCAUCCACACCCCCCAUUCUGGCUCUGCGGUUGGUUGAAACGUUGCAGCGGCUGGAUGUAACCCGCAGGGAUUGUGUGCUUGACAGUAUGUAACAGUCACGUCAUGGUAUUGACAGGCACAGUGCCUGAUAAAAUGA